UAAGAGGAAACAAUACAUCCACACCAACACUGCAACAUUUGAUUUUUAGGAAGCUAUGAGCCCCUUUUUUGGGUCAAAUCCAGAUGGUUUGCUGAAAAAUGCAUGCUGCACCAAAAGGCACAAGUGAUAUUGAAGAAGUAGUUCAGCCACGAGGGCUCCGAUUACCAUUAUUGCGCCAAUUACUGUGUAGCGCUUUAAUAAGACACUGAUAGCCGAUGAUAGGAUCAUAUUGCCUUUCAGGUGCUUUAAUGCGCAGCCGCUGCACGCUGUGGAAGAACAGAAAGUGUAACAGGGUUUGGUCACAGAGAGGGAGAGGAUGGUGGCGAAGAUGGCGAGCUGCGGAGCGGCUUGUCACCUGGAGGACGGAGACGGAGAUAUCCCUGCGCUUGAAAACAAAGAUAACCUGAGAGAAAGUGACAGCAGCAGUUCAGACAACACAGGAACAUCCGCUGAGGAGAGCUCGGAGGAGGAAGAGGAGGAUGAGGAGUUUGAAGGCUGUGCUGAGAAGAAUGGAGGAGAGGAAGACAAUGACGAGGCCGACGCAGAGGAGUCAAAAUAUGAUUCAGUCCCUGGACCUGAAGCAGAGAUUUCAAAUGGGAAAGAUGAGAGUCGAUUCAAAUCAUGCUGUGAAAAGUGCAAAGCCAUCCAGCAGAGCCAUGGCAAUGAGCUUGUUACCCCCAGGAGGAUCUCUAAGGGACGAUUACAGGUUCAGCUGGAAGGAGAGGGCACAUAUGAGUGUUCGCUCACAGGCCUGGUGUUUGAAGCAUCGGAGAGCGUCCUCGUGCAGUACUCAGUCUUGUCCUGGUCCAAGUUCGGCGCGUUCCUGCAAGACUCCUGGAAGUUUGCUGGCCCCAUCUUUAACGUGGACACCGUCAAUAAGGACGCGUCUGUCCUCACGUCCAUCCAGUUCCCUCACUCCGUCUGCCUUGCUGAUCCAGAUAAUGGGAUGACAUUCAGCAUCCUGCACAUGAAGGACAACCGUCCACUCAUCGAGCCGACAGUGGACCACUCAGGUAGCCACGUUAAGUGGAAUGUGACGUCGCUGUCACCCGUGGGUCCCAUCAUUCAGACGAGCCAAUCCGUAGAGCACCACGGGGUGGUCCUGGUCUACAAGCAGCUGGGCAGUGACAACAACAACAACUACAGCUUCCACGUCUACCUGGCCACCAACAGUUCAUCUGACAUCAAGGAUAUAGCCAAACAGGUGCAGGGCUACAAGAGUCGCUACAUUCGAAUAGAGAAGCCUCCAACAUGUAAACUGGAUGAGGGGACGUAUCGUCUCCUGAGCGAGCCAGAGGGAGAGAUCAAACCUCAGGAUUUGAAAUUCACCCUUGCGGUGACUAAGAUGAAAGGCUACUUUGAAGCUUUCUUUGAGCAGCCUCCUCCCUUUAAAUUGUCUCUCAUAGAGAUUAACACAGAGGCGACUGUAUGGUCCGCCACCAUCAGAGAAGGUGACUGUGUGGAUAACACAAAAAAGAAGCCAAGGAAAAGGACGAACAGUAGACAGAGGAGCAGCAGCCCCUCAGAAGAAGAAAGCACCUGUAAAAGGCCUCGAUGGCAGGAUGUGUCAGAUGGAGGGAAAACAGUGAUGCCUCAGGGCCAGGACAUGUCAGAGAAGCAGCUACUGCAGGUGGCCAAGCAGCUCGGGAAGGAGUGGAAGCAGGUGGCCAUCUAUCUAGACAUGAACUCCAGGGAGCUGGAUGACAUCCAGGCCACAGAGAAAGAUGUGACCAUGCAGAAACUGAAGAUGCUGGUGGAGUGGAAGAGCAGAAGGCGGCCGGGUGAGGCCACGGCGUAUCACCUGGAGAAAAGUUUGGAGGAGCUGGAUGACUUGCCAAAUGAGGUCCACCAGAAACUGAAAGACAUGAUGGACAAUCGAGCAGCUAAGUAAAAAGAGAUUUGACUUAAGUGGAUUGUUGGCUUCCUGUCGCUCCAUCAUCAGGAUGAAAAAAAAUCUCAGGCAUUCAACAAAACAGAGGAUGGAUAUGGACCAAACAUCAGAUCUUCUUCCAGUUUUUGUUUCUCUUUUGAAUAUUUUCUGGACAUGAAAUGUUUUUGAAUUGUCGCAUUUCAUGAAAAGUGCCGCUGUCUUCACUUGGGAUGGGCAUUCUCACACAUUUUGUUCAAAUGUUACUACUUUGACUCUGUAAUGAAUACAGAAUAGAGAAGGUGUACCUAAGCUUCCUUGUAUGUAGCCAGAUAUUGAUGCUUAGCACUACCAGGUUAAAAAAUGACCAGUAGAGCUGUCGAGGUCAUAAAUAGUAGCUAAUUAUGUAGCCGGUAACGUGUAAAUGUAGGUGCUGCAGUGUUGAAACUGCACAAAAAUGGGAACAUUUUUUCCUUUUUAUAUGUUAUGUUUGUGGGAAUUGUUAUAAAACAAUUAGGCAUUACAUCACCUGCAGGUGAGUGUGUGACUGUCCAAAGAAUACGGACUGAAGUACUGAUCUAUUUUGUGUCUCAUACAUUUUUUAUAUUUGUACUGUACAUAUCUUUUUUUCUACCAGUGAUCAAUUUUUUAAUUCUGUUUUUGUAUGUGUAUGUCUGAUUGUGUUUUUUCAAAUCUGAAAUGGCGUUGCAAGAGGUCCUUACUUAUGUUUAUUUUGUUUAACUUCAUUCCAUUCCUGCCCACAUGCGACUGGGUGACUAACUAUAAAUGUUGUUUGUGUGUAUUAAAAAAAGUGUACACUGUGAGGAACAAAACAAACCAAUCACAAGCAUUUAGAUUCAGGGCUGAAUUGAACUUUUCUACCUGCGAGUGCAGCUACAGCAUGGCAACGUGUGUAUAUAUUUUAUGAGUCAUCUUUUCGAGGCUUAUUUAACAGCUGUAGAACUGAGAACACAAAAACUUAGUGUACUGUGAGCUUCCAGAGGACACAUUUCAGUUGAAUGUUCAACAUCGCUACAUUAGUCACAGCGUUGUUUCUGAUUGACCUAUUUUCAAAUGAGAUUUUGUUUCCAGACAUUGCAACACUAUUUGGGAAAAGCUGCACAAAUGGCAUCCGGAUUGUCAAAUUUUUCCAGGUCUUCCAUGCCGAUACGAUGCAGUAAUGUUUACAUUCAGAACACGGGGUUUUCUUAAACCACUUACCGCCAACAAUUCAGUCUGCCCUUUUUUUUUUUUGCACUUGUUUCUAUCAUGUCUGAGUCCCUCCAAAGAAUUUGGAGUAUUUGACCAAGCAAAUGUUGACUGAAUAAAAUAAAGUAUCUGUUUACUUAA